AUGCGCGGGGGAUAUGGAGGAAACGGCGGCGGGGGCAACGGCGGGUUUGGAGGCACCGGCGGCGGCGGCCGGGGCAGUUUCGGAGGCAACGGCGGCGGCGGCCGAGGUGGUUACGGCGGAAACGGCGGAGGCAACGGCGGAGGUAACGGCGGCGGCGGUCAGGGCGGCGGAGGUCAGGGCGGCGGCGGCCAGCAUAGCCUGAAGGAUACGAUCCCGGGCGGCGGGGAGCCGGGAGUGGACUACCCGACCCUGGCCGUCGUGCCAGAGACAUCCUUCUCUUGCGAGGACUAUUCGACCGGCGGCUACUACGCCGACAUCAACGACCCGGCUCUGUGCCAGGUCUUCCACAUCUGCUACGACAACCGCAUGGACUCGUUCCUGUGCCCGAACGGCACACUCUUCAACCAGAAGUACUUCGUCUGCGACUGGUGGUACAACGUCGACUGCGCCGCCUCCGAGUCUUUCUUCCAGCUCAACGAAGAGAUCGGCAAGACAGACGCCUCGGGCAGCGGAAGCGGCAGCGGCGGCGGCAGCAACGGCGGGGGCGUCAACAAUGGUUACGGCGCGCCGUCCGGUGCUGGCGGCAGCGGAGGCAACGGCUUCGGAAACGGCGGCAGCGGUGGCAGCCCGUCCGGCCUGUACGGCACGCCGGGCUUCUAG